AUGAAUGCAACACUCAAAGAAAUAAUAAAUGUAAAUGCAAGUACAGUUUCCAAUGAAACACAUGCAUGUGUUAUACACAGCAAUUUUGGCAUGUAUAUUGUAUUUAUUACAUUAAUCAUUAGUUCACUAUCGAUCAUUGAAUGUAUGGUUGUGAUUUUUGUGACAUGGUUUACAGUAACGUUGCACAGCAACACCAAUAUUUUGGUUGCAUCUUUAGCAGUUAAUGAUUUGUUGUUGGCAAUAGCAUUUAUGGGAAAUCAGGUAUCAGUUGUACCAGGUUUCCUUUUGCCUUCAGUUAAAUCAAAGUUGUUCAUGUCUUUAAUAUAUGGUGUCAGUUCUGGAUCAACCAAACUUUCUAUUAUGCACAUGAUGGUGAUAGCUGUGGAUCGAUAUAUUCAAAUAGCCCAUCCGUUUUACUACAUGAAGGCGAUGACAAAGAAGAAGAUUUACGUAAUUCUUAUAUGUUUAUGGAUCACUUGUCUCAUAUUUAUCAUUAUUCCAGUAACGAUCUUCUACAAUGACAAGUAUUACAGAGAGUGUAUUAUAUUACAUCAACCAUUAGCGUACUCUGUUGUGGGAGUAGCUAUGUAUUUUAUAAGUCUUAUCAUGAUAUUUUUUUGUUACUUUAAAAUCGCCCAUGUGGCUUUCAAACACAAGCAGUCAGCCAUUUCUCGGAGACUUGGCUGUAAUUUAGCACAAUCUGAAACUGAACAGAGAGAAAAUAUGAAAGCAGCGUUAAGGAGUGUUAAAUAUUUGGCUCUUAUGUUUGGCGUCUUCUUUGUUGCUACAUGCCCACCAUUCUUAUUGACAAGUCUUGGCUAUAGAUAUAGCUUCUCGGAGAACGUCUAUUUGGGGUUGUUCUCUCUAGUACCCAUCCAUUCAGUCAUCAACUUUCUUAUCUACGGGUACAUGAAUCAAGAAUUCCAAACAUCUCUUGUCAAAAAAUGGUCAGCCAUCAAACGUUACUGCAGCAAAUGUAGAUUCUAG